ACCACAGAGCAUGCCAAGACACAGGAGUGUUUACCUGACGCAAUGAAAGUGAGGCUUAGAGCAAUGCAUGGACAUGGCCAUUCAUGGAUCUGGUUGACAGUAUUGGUUUUCCAGUACUGUUUCCAACAAAGUGCUUCCUUUAUUUACUGGACUGCCUAUGUGGAUGUUAAAUACUUUGACAGAGGAUCUAAUGAAACUGUAAGGAGUGUAUGUGAGUGUGGUGAGUUCGUAAAUCGCUCACCCUUGGAAUCAGCUUCUGGACUAAUAGUGCUUCCAAAUGGGGAUCCUUUGGCAUGCUCAGGGAACACUACUUUCACCGCAAGUCACCAGCCAUGGAUUGCCCUGAUAAAAAAAGGAAACUGUACCAAUUCACAGAAGGUACAGGUUGCCAAGCAAGAAGGAGCCUCUGCUGUAGUUAUUUACAAUAUUGAUGGGACAGACAAUGCGACUAACCUUAAGGCACAUUCAGAUGCUGAUGACAUAGUUGCCAUAAUGAUUGGCAAUAUUCUAGGCACAGGAAUCACUAACCUGAUCAAGAAUGGCUCAGACGUCUAUAUGGCAAUUACUGCAGCCAAUGUAUAUGGCCUGUGGCUCAAUGCUACAUGGGUAUAUGCACUGUCUUUCACCUUCAUUGGAAUAACAGCCAUCACUUUGUUCUACUUCGCUUUCCUGUUUACUAAACGCAUGUACAUAAACCGACAACUUCGUAUGCAACAGAGGGAGAUGAAAAAAUUGACUGAAAAAGCAAUAGCAAAGUUACAAGUGCGGACUCUGCGGACAGGUGACCCGGAGGUGGGAUCAGAGGACACGAGCUGUGUGGUGUGCACUGACUCAUUCACACAUAACGAACAGGUCACAGUUCUGCCUUGCAGACAUUUAUACCAUAAGAAAUGCAUUGAGCCAUGGCUCCUGGAACACCCCACCUGUCCCAUGUGCAAAUAUAAUAUUCUCAAAUCCAAGAUUGAUGAGGAGAUAGAUGAGCAGCCCUCAGCAUCACCAUCAAACAACUCAUUCUGUUUAGUUACAGUAAUGACAGUCACAUCAGCAGACCAACACAACACAUUAGACUCAAACAUUCAAACUGCAGAAACAGAUCUUGGACAUUCUUCAGACCGUGUGUAUUAUGACCCGGAUAUCCAGACACAAUACAUUUAUGAGAACCAAGCAUUUGAAGAAGAACCAGAGAUAAUGACGCAGCAGGAUGUCAACAGCCAAGAUUAAUAAAGUAUAACAUUUUUUUAAAAAAAAAAAGUUUGAAUAUCACAAACAGCCAAAAUACUGUGUGAAAUGUGUCAAAAAGAAUGACAUAUAAAAAAGAAGAUGGGAUUCUCAAAUUUUGACAGACUAUUUAUUAAUAACUGAGCACUGUUUAAUUAAUGUAAAAUUUAAUGACUUUUAAGAAGAGACAGGUAAGAGCUAGAGUAUAAAAACAAAAACAUAAAAAGGUAUUUAUUUCUGUGACAGCUUGUAUACCUGUCAUGAGCUCAAUAAAGCUUACACACACACACACACUCAAACAAAUGUAAAUUUAAUUUGUAAAGUAAAUUUGACAAUCUUUUUUUUUCUUCAUAAAUAUACUUUGAGCUCUUUCUCCCACACACAAAAAGAUGUAUAGAGAAAAAAUGCUUCAGUGCUGCCCCAUGACUGAAAAGCUACGUGACUAUGAAAGGCCAAAUUAUCUUUUGAUGUUCUCAGUAUAGUCAGUAAUGUUUACUAGUGAACAUUCCAAUUAGAGAUCUCUGUAAUUAAAAUUUUACAAGCAAAAUCUAGUUUUGCUGGUAACGCUUUACAAGUAAUUCAAAUAACAUAAUUAGAUUACUUUUUGAGCAGGUUGUUCAUUGUUGAUUUUGAUUUUCUUCCAUUGAGAUGAGUUGACCUUGGAUGAUCGAACAGUGAUCCACCAUAUUUGCACAGAUGUCAUAGUACUGUACAUCCCUAUGGAGUGUAUUUCAACUUGUUGAUGCAUCAUGAGGUUAUGAAUACAGAUAAGAUAUCACCACACACUGAACACUUUGGAAAGAUGGGUGACAGUACUGAACUCAUUUGAUUGCUGAUUGUAUUCUUUCUGUAGUUGAUCUCCAACACAUUCUCACCCCAAGGCGUCACCUUUGACCAUGCUUCA